AUGGAAUGCUCACAAUCGUUGAGCCCCCAUAGAGAAGAACCAUCAAACAUUGUGGUACCGUCACCAUCGUCUGGCGGCCAUGCAGAUAUAAUCCAGAAGCUGGAUGCCAUUGAGACCCGUCUCAAUGCUAUUGAAAAGUCCCUAAAAGACAAAGUAAAUGCACAAAUUAAACUAUUGCGCGAGUGCCGCGUCAGAGCGGCAAAGACGCACCAUUCAAUUAGCCGCAUCACUGGUGAAUUGGAGGACGAUCAUUACGUGGAGCUCGCUUCGAAACUGCCCAUGUCAUCGGAAGAGCACGUGCGCUUCGUGGAAGACAAACUUUCACAAAAGGAAAGCACGGAUGCUAUGAUGCGGCUAAUAUUGAAGUCAAAGGGCGCAAAAGGCAGUGUGGACGGCGUACUGGGUGGUAUGUUUUCUGACGAUCUAAUGUACCACUACAAUUUAGAGGGGCGCAAGGAGAAGGAAUCCCUACUAAAGCUAAAGUGCGUAGGGUUAGUUUUUGAUAUAUUUCAUGACAAGGAUAAAAACACUAUCUGUGGGGAGUUCCUGAAAUUUGUGGCCUUAAGCCACAACCGUUUUAAGCAAAAAAAGCAUAAACUUAAGGCAAAAUUUUAA